GUUUCCUCGAUUCGCGAUGAUAUCGAUAUGAUAGUCACAUCCAAUGGAACGGAUCGAUGAUUCGCGGCGGUCCAAUACGAAGAUGAAUUUCGGUUCUCUCUACCUUAUAAAACUACUCGAACUAAAGUGCAGAUUACGACGAUGAGCGAAACUCGCAGGGAUGCCCAAUCAACGGAAACUUUCUGAACCGGUGCACAAAGAGGAACCGCUCGGUCUGUAAAUUACUAAGAGAGAGCGAGAGAGGAGAUCACAGCGGAAGUUUGGAAAGGCGCAAAGGGCUUGAAAAAAGUUGAAAGCACUCCUUCCGAUUGGUCGGAACAUCUGACUUUGGAAACUCACACGAUGGCUCUACAUUAAGGCGCAUCUAUGACGAGAAGUGUUUCAGGAUGUCGUACUCUCCGUCAGUUACGCCGGAUUGUGCUCAGCCAUUUUUGGGACCGAGUCUCGCUCAGUCAUGCGGAGGAUCACAGUUCCUUGUAUUCAUGACCCUUCUCGAUACUUUUAUACGCUCGAAAAAGGAAGUGGCUCAGUUGUGUGAGCGCGUACAACCCGUUGAUCCAGCGGACUAUUACUAUGAUUUUAUCGUCGUUGGAGGUGGUACAGCUGGAUCGGUGGUCGCAAAUAGGCUGAGCGAGAACCCAAAUUGGAAAGUUUUGCUGCUAGAAGCGGGUCCAGAUGAGCCUCCAGGAGCUGAUGUGCCCAGUAUGGUGGCAAUGUUUUUGGGCUCAGAGAUCGACUGGCAAUACAGAACGACGAACGAGGCCAACGCUUGUCUCUCUACUGGCGGCUCCUGCGGGUGGCCACGCGGUAAAAAUCUCGGUGGAACAUCUGUCCAUAAUGGUAUGAUGUACGUCCGUGGACACGCCAAAGAUUACAACAAUUGGGCAGCGAUGGGCAACUCUGGUUGGUCGUGGUCCGAAGUUUUACCAUAUUUUAUCCGGUCUGAGAACAAUGCUGAAGUUGAUCGCGUAGGCAGCGUCUUUCAUGGCACCGGUGGGCCACUCAACGUUGAGAGAUUUCCGUGGCAGCCUCCUAUCACCCGGAACAUCCUUGAUGCCGCCGUAGAAAGAGGUUAUGGACUGACGGAAGACCUGGCGGGUGUCAACAUAACUGGUUUCACGGUUGCCCAGACGACUAGCAAAGACGGAGUGCGAGUCAGUAGCGCAAGUGCUUUCCUCCGACCAAUCAGGAAUCGUAGAAAUCUUCAUGUUGCGCUAAACGCGACAGCCACCAAGAUCCUAAUUCAAGAGUUCAAAGCAGUAGGAGUCGAGUACGUUCAAAAUGGUGAAAUAAAAGUAGCCAGAUCAGCAGGAGAAGUUGUCGUUUCUGGUGGUGCAGUUGAUUCGCCAAAGCUUCUUCUGCUCUCGGGAAUCGGGCCGAGGCGUCAUCUCGAGAAUGUUAACAUCCCGGUUGUCAAAGAUCUGCCAGGAGUCGGCGAAAACCUUCACAAUCACAUAUCCUACACGCUUUCUUACACCAUCGAUCAACCGAACGUUUACGACCUCAACUGGGCUUCCGCGACCGAGUACUUGGCCUUUCAAAAGGGCCCAAUGUCUUCCACUGGAAUGUCACAAUUGACCGGUGUCCUCGCAUCGAGAUACACAACUCCUGAUCAUCCCGAUUUACAGUUUUAUUUUGGUGGGUAUCAAGCCGCUUGUGCGAUUACUGGCGAUACCGAAGCCCUUCAGGAUAACGGAGUCAAUGGAAAUCGUCGCAGCAUCAGUAUUUCACCGACGAAUCUUCGCCCCAUCAGCAAAGGCAAUCUUCGAUUGGCCAGUAACAACCCCAUGGACAAGCCGGUAAUAUGGGGAAAUUAUCUCAGCGAUCCGCAAGAAGUUGCCGUGCUCGUUGAAGGCAUACAGUACGCUAUUUCGCUGAUGAACUCGUCGUCGAUGUCUAAGCUCAAAACGAAUUUGACCUCGACUCCGAUACCCGUGUGCUCACAAUAUCCAUUCACGUCGAAUGAAUAUUGGGGCUGCGCCGUCCGGCAGGAUACUGGACCCGAAAAUCAUCAAGCCGGUUCGUGCAAAAUGGGGCCCCCUGAAGACCCAAUGGCGGUGGUAGAUCCUCAGCUCAAGGUUUAUGGCAUUCGAGGCUUGAGAGUUGCUGACACGUCAAUUAUGCCCCAGGUAACCUCUGGAAAUACUGCUGCUCCUGCUAUGAUGAUAGGCGAAAGAGUUGCGGCGUUCAUAAAGCAAGACUGGAUAGGACUUCCGGCCCACUGGCAAGGAAAGUUUUGCAAAUUCUGUGGACACUAUUAUGAUCACCAUAGAGCGUAACUGAGUAGAUAACUAUUUAGUUCCUAGUCAUGAGCAGACGUUGUAUCGCGCAUUGUUUGUGUUUUAAAAGCUGGUGAAACCAAAAAGCAUCAGACUACGCUGUAUGCUCACAGUCGUUUUUUUACAUAAGCGUUACAGGCAAGUGCAUAAUAAUUCCUGACGUUCACUCCAGCCAUCAGGCUACUCGAAAUGAUCAAAAUAAUGUGGCAAAUAUGUCCAUUGAAACAUAUUAGUGUAAAUAUUUUAAUAAACGCAUAUGCACAUGUUCAGUCUUUACGAAGACAUCAAAGAGUAACAAAUAUAAAGUUUAUGUAUCUUUAUGUAUUCAAUUUCCCAAAAACGUCUUCACCUGACAAAGCAAUUGUUUUCAAUGUUAAUAUAAAAAAAAUCGAUUCAUUUAUAUUCGUUAACAAAUUUCAUAGUCAAUUCUCUAACCAUAGAAUUUGAUUAAUUUUUAGAAUCACACGUUCAUUCUUUGCUACCUCAGUAUUUGUCCCAUUCACCAAACAUGUUUUCUUUUUGAUUGCAAUUACUCGGAUACAUUCACAGAAUAUUUGAAGAAUUAUCACUGCAAUUAAUCUAUGUAUUGUAUCAACUGCUUGGCAAAUAAAUUUAUGAUUCUAUAAA